UCUGCCGCGCCUGCCGCACGCUCAGCCACAUGCUCGAGGAUGCUGCACCUGAAAGUCCAGUUUCUGGAUGACUCCCAGAAGAUCUUUGUAGUUGAUGUAAGUGGGUAUCAUAUUCUUAUUGGGGGAUUUUUUGUGCUAAUUAUUGAAGCCAAUGCUACUCUGAAGGAUUGUAUGGGCUCUGAUAGCUUCUGCGUUUUAGCUUUUUAAAAAAAAAAACCAAACAAACAACAACAAACAACAAAAAAAGGAAAAUAAGCCUGAAAUCCAAACCAAGAGGUUAUAGUGCUGAUUGCUAAGUGUCUUUCAGCACCAACACACUCCCACUCUUCCUUGUUAUUGGCAUUGUUUAUAACGAAGGAGGAAUGGCUUUUACUUAUCUGGUAUUGCCUUUUGGAAGUCAGCUAAUAUGAAGUGAUGUUCUUGACAAGUGUCGAGUUCUUCUCUCAUUUGUCUGUGUGCCAGUAUAAGUGUUCAACAAGGAAGAAAAAUCUGGGAACAGAAUAAAAAUAGCAUAUUUAACCAAAUUACUCCAGGUGAGAAACAUCUGCAUGUGUCUCUUCCUGGGCAUUCAGCUGAAAAAGAAAACUCUGUGGGUUUAGGAAUAGUGAGGGGAAAAAGCUCACGGUAUCUUAUUUUCUGCAUGACAGUGUCCCACAACAUGCUGUUAUUAAUAAUUCACAUUUAAUAAAUGUUAGCUCUGAAAUAAGUUUUAGAUGUUAAGUAUUAAUAUCUAUGGUGUUAGCUUUAUAUAUGUAUGUAGAUAACUGAAACUAGAUUUAUCUUGACUAUGUGUUAAAAACAUCUUUUUACAAGUGUGAUUGAACAUUUACUGUUGGUUAGCAUUUGGUAAUCACAGUAGCUAAUUGAAUUAGCUAAUUCAAGUAGAUCAGUUCUAGCACUUACCUGCAUUUUGUGUUUAAUAUAAAAGAGCUUUUUUUCCAGUUCUAUUACAUUUCCUAGACUCCUGGUUUUAUAGCACAGCCUGAGAAUUGCUCAGUCUUGAUGCACGGCUCCUAUUCUUUGCAAUAGCAUUUUGCACAAAAGAGGAUUGUAAAGCAAUGCCAUCCCUUGGCACAGUAUGGAAGUUUUUUAGUUUAGUUUAAUUAACGUAUCCUAGAGCUGGUAUCCACUUAAAAAUGAGACUAGUUGUUUUAAAGUGCCUUUUUUUAUUUAUUUCAUAUUGAUUAGAUCAGGGCGUAAUGAGAGACGAUUUCAAAGCUGCUGCUGGUACAAUGUUGCUGCGGUUUUUUCCAUCUCUGCUUUCUCAUUUGCCCAAAACACUUAGGGCGCUAUAGCUCUGCACGACACGUUGCAGCACAUAGCUUCCAUUAGAGGAACUCCUGGUCAUUUCCUUUUUUCGCUUGGAAUGGUAUUGGAAAGCCCUUUUAGGCAUUUGAUGCAUUUGAUGCUGUAUGGGUAUGCUAAAUGAAUAGUUGAAUUAGUGACUUCUCCAUUAUAAAAGGACCGCUUUGGGCUAAGUUUUGAGCAGAUAUUUCAAGCCACUCUCCCUAAACCCCUCCUGACUUUGGAAAGCUCUUUUGAAUGUGUCGUACUUGAGUAUAAUGGGAGGGAAAAUGACAAAAGAGAGAACACAGCAGGCCUGGCUCUCCCUCCGCCUCACGCUUGGCGUAUGCGUCUGUACCUGCCUCAUGUGGGUAUUGCAGCCGCCGGCACGUGCCAUGAGGUCUCAUUGCCAGUCCGGCUUUGCCCAGGAAUGAGCUCCUCUCCCAGUGCAGGGUGCUGGCCUGGAAAGCCUUUUGCCUUCAUCUGCAUCCUCGCCGACAGCCGGGACCCGGCACCCUCUCUGUGGCUGCUGAGCUCCCGGGAUUUCCUCCGUCUGGGUGCUGGAGGCAGUUCCCAGGAUGGCAGCCGGCAAGCCAGGUCUGAGCUCCCAGCUCAGGGGGUGGUGGGGGCCUGGCACAUCUCCGAAUGUCCCCUGUUGUGCCCUCCCUGCUGAACACCCCAGGGCUGAGCCAUGGCACAGACGGGAUCUUGCCGGGAUGCUGCCCACCCUGGCAGUGAGCCCUGUGCCUUGCACUGGGAGGGCACCGGGGUCCCUUGCCCGGGUGCCUGGGUACAGGGACAGUCACAGGUCACUCUCUAAUGGGUUUCUUGCGCUGAGAGGAGAUAUUGCAAAGCUGCCUCCCUUCUUCCUUCCCUGAAUACCUAGAGCUGUGACCUGGCAUGUGCUGUCACCAACAGAGUCGCUCUCCUCUCUGGAAAGGGUUUAAGCAAAGCAGCCUGAGCCUGGGCAGCUCCAGAGCCUCCCAGAGCAGCACCGAAAGGACAAAGCACUUUGCAGCCUGCGCAGACAAAGCCAGGGCAUCUCUGCUCCUGGAAUUUGCUACAGGGCAAGAUUCAGCGGGAAGGAAAAAAAAAUAGAAGAAAAAGACAAGCCAAGCAAGUACAGAAAAUCUAAUUGCUGGGGCUGAAUGAAGGACAAAGUCUCCCAUGGUCUCAUCUCCCUUAGGACGAGUUAAGCAAAAAUCCUGCGGAAAAGGGCUGUUCAACCUCACCUGCAGCCACCUCAACCUUGUGGAGAAGGAGUAUUUUGGGCUGGAGUUCCGCAGCCAGGCUGGGAACCACGUCUGGUUGGAACCGCUAAAACCCAUAACAAAGCAAGUUAAAAAUCCUAAGGAGGUUCUUUUCAAAUUUAUGGUGAAAUUUUUCCCAGUGGACCCCGGCCAUCUGAGAGAAGAGCUGACCAGGUACCUCUUCACCCUCCAGAUCAAGAAGGACCUGGCGCUGGGGCGGCUGCCUUGCAGCGACAAGAGCGCGGCGCUGCUUGUCUCCCACCUGCUGCAGUCCGAGCUGGGGGACUUCCAUGAGGAGACAGACCAGCAGCACCUGGCAACCCACAGGUACCUGCCCAACCAAGAGUACCUGGACAACAAGAUCAUGCACUACCACCGGAGACACAGAGGGAAGACACCGGCCGAGUCAGACAUUCAGCUGCUGGACGUGGCCAGGAAGCUGGAGAUGUACGGGAUUCGCCCGCACCCCGCCAGCGAUGGCGAGGGGACACAGAUCAACCUGGCUGUGACACACAUGGGCGUGCUGGUCCUGCGGGGCAAUACAAAGAUCAACACGUUCAACUGGUCCAAAAUUCGCAAACUGAGUUUCAAGAGGAAGCAUUUUCUCAUCAAGCUCCACGCCAACGUCUCUGAGCUGUGCAAGGACACGCUGGAGUUCACCAUGGUGAGCCGGGACACCUGCAAGGCUUUCUGGAAGACAUGCGUGGAGUACCAUGCCUUCUUCAGGCUGUCUGAAGAGCCCAAGUCAAAGCCCAAAGCCCUUCUGUGCAGCAAGGGCUCCAGUUUCCGCUACAGCGGGAGGACGCAGCGGCAGCUGCUGGAGCAUGGGAGGAAGGCAAAGAUGAAGAGCCUGCCCUUCGAGAGGAAGCACUACACAUCCCGCUACGACGAGAGGCAGUGCCGCUCCUCCCCAGACCUUCUGACGGACGUCUCGAAGCAGGUGGAGGAGCUGCGCCUGGCCUACGGCGGCCGGGGGUCCUACCACGCCAACGGGGUGCACGCCUCCGAGCCCACGCUGGACAGCCGGCGCCGGAGCUCCACCGUGGAAGUGACGUUUGCCACCGAGCUGGAGCGCUCCAAGCCCGAAGCAUCGCCCGCCUUCCUGCCCCACUCCAAAAGCUCGUCCGCCUUCCCCCUGCUCUACGCCGAGCUGGAGCUGGAGCGGGCGUGGGAGCCCACCGACCACUUCGGCGCCAGAAACCCUUUGACAUCCUUUCGGCCCCACCACCAGUUUGCCGGGAACAGUAAAAGCACCUCGGUGGGCAACAUGCAGGAGGUGACUGCCCGGCCGCUGGUGUACACAGACGUGCCGUGUCCCCCGCCCGCGGCUGCUCUGCCCCCACAGGUCCUCUUCUACCUGGACAGGCCCCCACAGCCCCCGUGCCAUGCACUGGCACCUGGCGAAGACGCGGCAGGACCAGUGGGUGGAUGUGGCCCUGUGGCAGCAAAGCCCCCCAGGCAGAGCCCGAGCGGCACCUGGACCGGGGAGUUUCAUCGCGCGGCUGCGUGCACGGCAGCAGGCACGAGCAUGGCCCCAGUGCAGGAGAGCAGGUCGCUGGCUCGCUCCUUUGAUUACGGCCUUCAGGAGCAGCCUCCCAAGCGGUCUUGGAGCCAGUCGGACAUGAAAACCAUCCGCUUCCCCUACGGCUCCGAGUUCCGGCCCCUGGGGCCGUGCCCUGCCCUGAGCAGCCGGAAAGCAGGCGUGUUUUGGCACGUGCCGGCCCAGCAAGGGCUGGUGCCGGGGCUGCGGCGUUCCACCGAGCGCUACCUGGGCAGCAGCACCGAGUCCAGCGACUCCGACUCCGACCUCCUGGCCGCUGACUACUGCUCCCUCUACGGCCGGGUGCUGCGGUCACCCAUGGCCCGGGUGCGGCUGUCCUCUGGCAGCCUCCAGCUGGAUGAAGAGGACGAGGAGGCGUCCUUCGCCACCAGUGCUGCUGAAGAGAGGACUUGCAGAGGGGCCUCCAGGUAUUUCACCUAGGUGCCUGACACCAGCCGGAGGGAGCAGAGGUGGCCAGGGUGACAACCUUGCUUGCAGGGCUGCUUACCGCUUGGAAAACAUGGAUGGGUUUUUUAGUGCCAGGGCUCUUAGCUACAGAGGAUGUGCUAAUGGACAACAAGGGAGCAUUCAGAAGUCGUACUCGACUCCUGCACCAUGCUUGGAAGCCGGUGCAUCUCCGCCACCACACACAAGGGGCCAGGGUUCUCCUAGAGCCCUGCAAGGACCUCAUGUCCUGCCCAAGCUGGUGGCUGCUGGCCAUGCUUGGAGUUCAACCAUUGGAAUCUUCAUCAAGCAAAGGAGGGAGAAAAAAGAAAAAGAGGUAUCUCAUGGAAGGGUUUAAACAUCUGUUUUUUCACAGCUGCAGGGAAGCACAGUGGUGGGAAAGGUUUUUGAGGUCUGUUUGGAGAGGAGCAGGAUUUUCAGGAGAGGCUGCUCUGGGAGCUGAACGCUGUGGACACGGCCAGUGCCCGAGCAUGGAGCCCCCCUCCUCCAUCCUGCCUCUCCUCCCUCCAGCACCUGCCCCUCGAGGACAAGGUCAUAUGUGUGGGGUGCUGCUUGUGAUGCUUCAAGCCACGGAGCAAGCAAACUGCUCUGCUUUCUUGCUGGCCAGUUUAGCGCAUUACCUGUCCCUAAGACACAUCUCAGCCGUGCUUGUAAAUCAUUUAGCAGCAUCCCACAGCAAGCUCUGGCAAAUAGGUUAAUAAAUGAUAUUGUAUAGCUCUGCUUUUCUCAGGCCCGUUAGCUUUGUUUUCUGGCCUCCACAGCCCUGCUACCUCAGUGCCCUGCUUAAAUCUUGGGGAGUAAAGGGGUCCUUUGGUCCCCCAGAUCAGGCCUCAGUUAAGCAGCAUGGGGAAGAAGUUCUCAAGGAAGGGGCAGGAAAGAAACAGGCAGCUGGUGCUCACCCUUGGCAUUAGGAAGUCUGCUGGAACCAUGGUGCUUCGCAGCUUCCCUGUUUGCUACACGUGUGCACCGUUGUUUUUACCAGGGCUGUUUCUAGCUAUAAAGAAGGAGCAGGAGACGGGACUGCUCAUCAUCCACGGUGUGGAUGGUUUAUCUAUUGCUCCCUAGAAGGGAAAAGGUAUAAAGACACUUCCUGGCAGUUGUUUUUAUAACAAGAACUUAUUAUUACCCUAAACCUACUCAGAAAAAUGGAGAAUGAUGACACCUCUGUAAGAUUUUAGGGGAGGAUCUUAUUACCUUUCUUUAAGAACAACCCUGUACCCAUCUGUAGGACAUGACUGUAAGGCGUGGGACAGCCCAUUAAAUCUACAGUUGAGAAACAACCGCGGCCUGCUAGAAUGGAUUUCAGAAACAAGGAAGCUGGGACAGAGACAGAAAAUAGGUUAAAAUGUAAAAAGAACUUGGCUUACGGGUACUGCUCACCCUGCGCAUCGCUGUCCUUUGUUUUAGAAGCUGGGCAAUAAAAAUCAGUUGCUCCCACCAGAGUUUUGGGUUGCUCCUUCUGCCCUGUGCAGCCUGGACCCCCAGCCCACCUUUCCCUGCACCCCCAGCUCCCCGGCAGCUCUCACCGCUCCAUGGAGCUGCUGGGCUGGCUUCCCUCUCACACAGCUGCUUGCCAGCUCCCUCUGUGCCCUCACUGUCUCAGCAACUGGAAAGACUCACCAAGAUCCCUGAAUGCUGCUGAAAACAACCACAUUCUUGGUUAGCUGCCCAAAGAAACGCAUUAGAUCAACAAGAGAGCACACUGUAAGGUUUGCUUUUGCUCCUGGUUACCCUGUGCUGAGGAAGCUGUCAGCUACAGGGAGCCCACAUGCUGCUCUGGCACGUUCCAUUAAAAAAAGGGAUAACCUUUCUGGUUAUAAAGAAUUCUUUCUUUCCCUUCCCAAAGCUCUGCACCUUGGGAAGAGCAAGAACCACCACUCACUACAGCAUUUAAGCAUGGCAGUCUACAUGCAUGAUUUGGUAAGAGGGUUAAAAAACCCAGCAGCAUCAAAUACAGACUGCGCACACAGCCCUCGGAGAAAUGCCCCUUACGGGUCACGCCUACAGCACACAGGCAAACUUGCAAUCACUGUUAGCUCCUGAAAGCAUGUGGAGACACAGGCAAAGCCUGGCCCAGGUCAGCUUUACCUUGAGCAUAUCCCAGAACAGACACACAGUCCCACACCAACAGGGAUCAGCAUACAGCCACACCACCCGAUCUCCAGGAGCUGCCACCUCCGGCAUUCAGGACUACACUGGGAAAACAAUAUUGAAAAGGAGAAACAAGAACUUAGGAACU